AUGGCGGGAAACGUGAGACGCCAGCGCCCCCUUCCGGUGAAAGACGUGUUGGUGUUCAGCGCAGCUCUCGACGAGCGUAGAACGACGCUCUGCGUCUGCCAGCGGGUACCAGAUGUUGCGACAAACGAGGGUCACACUGAAUCGCUUUGUAUACUGUCAUCAGUGGGAUCUCAGUUUGACCUGAGGACACUACGAGCUGUUAGAGUGCUACGACCACUCAAACUGGUGUCUGGGAUCCCAAGCCUGCAGGUGGUGCUCAAGUCCAUCAUGAAGGCAAUGAUCCCUUUGCUGCAGAUUGGCCUUCUGCUGUUUGUGGCUAUCCUUAUGUUUGCUAUCAUUGGUCUGGAGUUUUACAUGGGCAAGUUCCACACCACCUGCUACGACAUAGUCACAGGAGAGUCAGUGGAGGAAUUGCCCUGCGGUACAGCAUUACCGUCUCGGUUGUGUCCUAAUGGUACAUUAUGUAAAGGCGGCUGGCUGGGACCCAACUACGGCAUCACCCAGUUUGACAAUAUCCUGUUUGCCGUUCUCACCGUCUUCCAGUGCAUCACCAUGGAGGGAUGGACAGACAUGCUCUACUAUAGCAACGAUGUGGAGGGUAGUGCCUGGAAUUGGAUGUACUACAUCCCCCUCAUCAUCAUCGGCUCCUUCUUCAUGCUCAACUUAGUGCUUGGUGUACUCUCAGGUGAGUUUGCCAAAGAGAGAGAGCGGGUGGAGAACAGGAGUGAGUUUCUCAAGCUGAGGCGGCAGCAGCAGAUAGAGAGAGAGCUCAAUGGAUACCUGGAAUGGAUCUGCAAAGCUGAGGAGGUGAUUCUUGCUGAGGAUGACGCCACAGGGAACUUUGAUGGAUCGAGGCGGAGGCCGACCAUCAAGACCAAAACCAACAAAGCAGAGCUGCUAAACCCUGAGGAAGGAGAGGAUAACAUGGGAGACGCAGUAGGUUUCGCCCGCUCGAGUAUAAAGAGUGGGAAGGAGGGCUCCAAUUACAGCAAGAACGAACGUCGGCUUCGGUUCUUCAUCCGUAAGAUAGUGAAGACCCAGGCCUUCUAUUGGACGGUGCUCUGCCUGGUGGGACUCAACACCAUGUGUGUUGCAGUGGUGCACUACGACCAGCCCGAGAUGCUGUCCGACUUCCUCUUCUAUGCAGAGUUCAUCUUCCUGGGUCUGUUCAUGUCUGAGAUGCUGAUAAAGAUGUAUGGUCUGGGCACCCAGCCCUACUUCCACUCUUCAUUCAACUGCUUUGACUUUGGUGUUAUUGUGGGCAGUAUCUUCGAGGUGGUGUGGGCCACCAUCAAACCAGGCACAUCCUUUGGGAUCAGUGUCUUACGAGCUCUGCGACUGCUCCGCAUCUUCAAAGUCACAAAGUACUGGGCCCCGCUGCGUAACCUGGUGGUUUCGCUGCUCAACUCUAUGAAGUCCAUUGUCAGCUUGCUGUUCCUGCUCUUCCUCUUCAUCGUGGUCUUCGCUCUACUAGGCAUGCAGCUGUUCGGAGGACAGUUUAACUUUGAAGGUGGGACUCCCUCAACUAACUUUGACACCUUUGCAGCGGCCAUCAUGACAGUGUUUCAGAUUCUGACAGGCGAGGACUGGAACAUGGUGAUGUACGAUGGGAUUGAGUCUCAGGGUGGUGUCACAGACAAAGGAAUGGUCUUCUCCAUCUUCUUCAUUGUUCUCACACUCUUUGGAAACUACACGCUGCUCAACGUCUUCUUGGCCAUCGCUGUGGACAAUCUGGCCAACGCCCAGGAGCUCACCAAGGAUGAGGAAGAACAGGAGGAGGCAGCCAAUCAGAAGACAGCGCUACAGAAAGCCAAGGAAGUGGCGGAGGUCAGCCCGCUGUCAGCUGCCAACCUCUCUAUUGCAGCCAAGGAGCAGCAGAAGAACCACACCAAGGGCAACAAGACUGUGUGGGAGCAGAGGACCAGCGAGAUCCGUCGGCAGAACCUGAUGACGAGCCGCGAGGCGCUCUACAACGAGCUGGAGCAGGAGGACUGGAAGGUGGGAGGGGAAGGAGAGGAGGUGUCCUAUCCAAGAAACGCACGGGGAGACAUGAAGACCCACCUGGACCGACCGCUGGUAGUCAACCCACAGGACAACCGCAACAACAACACCAACAAGACCAGGCCCGGCGAGCUGCCCCUGGACCAGGAGUACCAGCGCCAGGACCUGGGACACUACCACCGCUUUGGCCACCACCACUCCUCCUACCAUCACCACCACCACCAUCACCACUACCACCACCACCAGAGGGCAAACGGGCCAGGGGGAGAAGACGGGGAGCCGGGUCAGCAGCCAGGAAAGGACUGCAUGGGGCACGGCUUCAGCUGCACGUCCUUGGGAAAUGUGGACGGGGGCGCAGAGGGUGAGGAGAGGCAGGGCUGCAGGGGCCACCGGCACCGGCACAGGGGCUCCAGGGAGGGCAGGGAGACACGCAGUGUAUCGCCCCACAACGGUGAAGGAGUGGAGGGGAGCAAGGAUCAGAGGAAGUCAAGGCAGCACCGCAGGACAGCCAGGGAUGGGGAGGAGGGGAGAAGACACAGGUCCCGGGGGACAGAAGGAGACAGGGAGAAGGGCGAGGAGAAGUGUGAAAGGAGGAAGCCCAAAAGACAUCGGCACAGCAACCAGGAGAGGAGCCGACAGCACUGCAACAGGAGAGAGCACCACGGCAGCGGGCCAAGCCUCUCCACCACGCGUCCCAUCCAGCAGCACAAUGAGGACCUGGACAAUUUCCGCAACAACAGCAAGCUGGCCGGCACUCAUGAGCACCUGCACACCCUUCCACCGGACCACCCAGACCACAUCAACAACCUGCUGAACCGCCGAGAGGCCGACACGCAUGCUCUGCUCCACAGCAUGGACAGCCUCAUCUUGACCAGCAUGGCCAAGCCCGACUACAUGGCUGUGGACAUGCCCCCAAUAUACCCCUACCCAUCCACAAAUGCCAUCCUACAAGUGAACAGGAACGCCAACACAGACCAGAAGAAGUGUGAGGAAAAGAAGGAGGAAGAGGAGGAUGGGGAUGGAGAUGAGGACGGUCCAAAACCCAUGCCUCCAUACAGUUCCUGCUUUAUCAUGUCCACCACCAACCCGUUUAGGAAGUGCUGUCACUACAUCCUGACUCUGAAGUACUUUGAGUUCAGCAUCCUGUCUGUCAUCGCUAUGAGCAGCAUUGCUCUGGCUGCGGAGGACCCCGUCUGGCCAGACUCACCGCGAAACAAUGUGCUGCGCUACUUUGACUACGUUUUCACGGGUGUCUUCACAUUCGAAAUGUUGAUCAAGAUGGUGGUCUUAGGACUGUUUCUCCACCAAGGCUCCUACUUCCGGGACUUGUGGAACAUUCUGGACUUUAUAGUGGUUAGUGGUGCUCUGGUGGCCUUCGCCUUCACGGGGAGCAGCAAGGGCAAAGACAUCGGUACAAUCAAGUCCCUCCGUGUGCUGAGGGUGCUGCGUCCUCUCAAGACCAUUAAACGACUCCCCAAGUUAAAGGUGGUAAAGUUCUCCAACUCUCCUUGCCCCCAGGCUGUGUUCGACUGCGUGGUCAACUCACUGAAAAACGUGUUGAACAUCCUGAUCGUCUACAUGCUCUUCAUGUUCAUUUUCGCCGUGGUGGCAGUGCAGCUGUUCAAAGGGCGGUUCUUCUACUGCACAGACGAAUCCAAGGAGUUUGCACGCGAUUGCAGGGGCGAGUACUUGGUGUAUGAUCGAGAUGAGGUGAAAGCACAGAAGCGGGAGUGGAAGAAGUACGAUUUUCACUACGACAACGUGGCUUGGGCCCUGCUCACCCUCUUCACUGUCUCCACUGGAGAGGGGUGGCCGCAAGUGUUAAAGCACUCCGUGGACUCCACCUAUGAGAAUCAGGGCCCUAGUCCAGGCUACAGGAUGGAGAUGUCCAUCUUCUACGUGGUGUACUUCGUUGUCUUCCCCUUCUUCUUCGUCAACAUCUUUGUGGCUCUCAUCAUCAUCACCUUCCAAGAACAGGGGGACAAGAUGAUGGAGGACUACAGUUUAGAAAAGAAUGAGAGGGCUUGUAUAGAUUUUGCCAUCAACGCCAGGCCUCUGACCCGCCACAUGCCUAAGAACAAGCUGAGUUUCCAGUACCGCAUGUGGCAGUUUGUGGUUUCUCCGCCCUUUGAGUACAGCAUCAUGGCUCUGAUAGCCCUCAACACCAUCGUCCUGAUGAUGAAGUUUGACGGGGCAUCUGAAACCUACGACAAUGUCCUGAAGAACCUCAACAUUGUCUUCACCACCUUCUUCUUCAUGGAGUCGAUCCUCAAGGUUAUUGCCUUCGGUCCUCUGAACUUUUUCAGAGACGCGUGGAACAUAUUUGAUUUUGUUUCCGUCCUGGGAAGCAUCACAGACAUAUUGGUCACAGAACUGGGGAAUAACUUCAUCAACCUGAGCUUCCUGAGGCUGUUCAGAGCAGCUCGCCUCAUCAAGCUGCUGAGACAGGGGGAGACCAUCCGCAUCCUCCUCUGGACCUUCAUCCAGUCCUUCAAGGCUCUGCCAUACGUAUGUCUGCUCAUCGCCAUGCUCUUCUUCAUCUACGCCAUCAUCGGCAUGCAGUUGUUUGGAAACCUGGCAUUAGAUGAGGAAGGAGAGAGUGCCAUCAACGAGCAUAACAACUUUCGAACCUUCAUCAUGGCCCUCAUGCUGUUGUUCAGGAGCGCCACAGGUGAAGCGUGGCAUGACAUCAUGCUGGCGUGCCUGGGCGGUAAGGAAUGUGACCCGGACUCCGGGAACACGGACCCCGAGUGCGGCAGCACCUUUGCCUACACUUACUUUGUUUCCUUCAUCUUCCUCUGUUCUUUCCUGAUGCUGAAUUUGUUUGUGGCUGUCAUCAUGGACAACUUUGAGUACCUGACCAGGGACUCCUCCAUCCUGGGGCCACAUCACCUGGACGAGUAUGUAAGAAUAUGGGCUGAAUACGACCCUGCAGCCUGCGGGCGCAUACAUUAUAAGGAUAUGUACAGUUUAUUGCGAGUAAUCUCCCCUCCCCUGGGCCUUGGCAAGAAAUGCCCACAUAGGGUGGCCUGCAAGAGGCUACUGCGUAUGGACCUGCCGGUCGCCGAUGACAACACGGUGCAUUUCAACUCCACCCUCAUGGCGCUGAUCAGAACGGCGCUGGAUAUAAAGAUCGCCAAGGGCGGUGCCGACAAGCACCAGAUGGACGCGGAGCUGAGAAAAGAGAUGAUGGCGAUUUGGCCAAACCUGUCACAGAAGACCCUUGACCUUCUGGUUACGCCACACAAGGCAGCCACAGACUUGACGGUGGGCAAAAUCUACGCCGCCAUGAUGAUCAUGGAAUACUACCGCCAGAGCAAGACCAAAAAGCUACAGGCCCUGCGAGAGGAACAGCCUGCAGGCCAUGUCGUAUAUCUCACACAGAACCGAACGCCAUUAAUGUUUCAGCGCAUGGAGCCGCCCUCAGAGGGAGGGGGCACAGAUGGCCAGGAGGGACAGGGUCUCAAUGGCCUCCCGAGCACCCAGCCGGACAAUAUCAACAGCAUACCUCCCGAUGGUGGUGGUAUGACUGAGAGCCAGUCAUGGGUAACGGCCAAAGCCCAGGAGAUGUUCCAGAAAACAGGCAACUGGAGCCCGGAUAGACCCUAUCCCGAUGAUCUCCAUGAUAACCGGCACAACCCCCAGACGGUAGAGAUGAGGGAGAUGGGGCGGGACGGGUACUCCGACACUGAGCCCUAUCACCCAAUGGAUGGGCAUGGGCGGACCCUCUCCAUGCCCCGCCUCUCGGCAGACAACCAAGUGAGCACCUUCAUCCCACCCACCGUCACCAUCAUCACCACAACAUCAAAGCUAUCACGGUGCCUGUGGCACUGA